AUUGAAUGCACAUCUUGUCCUCAUGCCUUCCCUUUCCAACACCCUAAUUAAUGGCGCCCAUACGUGCCUCCAAAACACCCCCCUCUUUCCCUCUCCAUCCCAUUUAUCUUCCCCCUCCUUCUCCUCCUCUCCCGCGGUUGCACGCACGCGCCCCUCUAGAUCUUCCUUCCCAUCUCGAUUCUUCUCCUACUUUUGUCUCUCGCGGUUGCUGUUCGUCGGAUUAGUUGGGGGCUAGAACCUGGUUGCAUGCAGGCGUGCUGCUAGAUGGUUGCUGAGGCAGUUGGGUUCAUGUCUCGAGCGGCGGACGGCGGCAUGGCGGCGGAGCUCGUCACGCGGGACUUCCUCGGCGGCUGCGCCACCGCCGGCGAAGAAGCCGCCAGGCACGACGCCGCCGUGGUACGUACGCAACUCCAACUCCACCUGAGCCCGCCGUCGACACGGGACCUCAACCUGUUCCCCGUCUCCGGCGCCGCCACUACGCCGACGGCAGAACCGGCAUCAGCGCAUGCCGCGGCCACGACGACGUACCACAGCGUGUGCACGAUCGAGAAGGUCAAGACGGCGCUGGAGCGGUUCGAGCGCGGCAAGCAGGGGCAGCACCCAGGUCACCAGCAGCUCAGCGCCGGCGGCUCCCCUUCGUCGUCGUCGGUGACCACGUCCUCCGUGAAGCGCGGCGCCGUGGAGCAGGGCGACGGCUGCGACUCGCCGUCCGCCGCGGGCGGGGGCGGGGGGAUGGUGGCGGCGGCGUGCCCGCGGUGCUUCCUCUACGUGCUCAUCUCCCGGAGCGACCCGCGGUGCCCGCGCUGCGAGUCCCACGUGCCGCCGCCCCCGUCGGCCCCCACGCACAAGAAGAAGCCAAGGAUCGACCUCAACGUCGGCUUCCUCGGAACCUAGCCGUCCACCGCCGUACGAACUACGUAGCUACGGCAGGAUGAAGAAGAAGAAGUAGAGAUGGUCGUCGGUCUGUCAGUCAUCAUCCUCGUCGGCGCGUUAGGUAGGUAUAUGCCGGGUGCUCCGAUUCGCCACGACUCCAGUUGCCCAUGCGGCCGCCGAGAGCGACCUCCUAGAAGAAGAAUCCUUGCGGUACAUAGGGGGCUCCCAAUUUUUGCUUGUCCAUUAGUAAUUUCCAGUUACCACUGUUACUACCAGUACCAGUAUGUAUGGCCGGCCGGCAUCCCCAAAAUCUGUCAGAAAUCAAUCCAUAGGACAUGAUCAAUCAAAAGCAUCCCAUUACUGC